UACUUUUGAGUGGAGUAAUUUUGUAUUUAAAAUACUCAAAAUACCUUCUCCACGAAUCAAAAUAAAUAAAUAAUAGGCUACAAAUUCUUAUAAUAUUGGAUGUAACAAUAUUUUUUUUACUUUUUUAAAAAAUAUUUUAUAUGUUUUUUUUUUUAAACUUGCCAUUCAAUGACCUAGUGGUCUGUUUUACUGGACUGUGCAUAACAUAGAAAAUUGUAUGUUGUGGUUGAUGCUUGGGAUGAGUAUGCUACAAAUGAAUUGCCUUAUGUGGGAUCAAUGAAGUUGUCGAAUCUAAAUCUGAAUUAACAAAUAAUAUUUUAGGCUACCUUACAUGUCCCUAGCUUUUUUUUCUCUUUAAAAGUUGAACACAGGGCUCCAAAGGCUCCGAGUUAGACAGCAAACAAGUUAACUAGCUACAGCAGCUACAGUAUCUUGCUGCUGUUUAGUGAGACCGUUGGUGGACGGUUCACAGCACAGCUAGACUAGACUGACUUGCCAGGCAUGCUGCUCACGUGGAUGGACCCACACUACCAGUAGACUACCUUGCUGCUCUCUUCUUCCAAGUUCAACAGAUUGUCAAGGUAAAUAUUUUAUCUGAGUGUGACUAGCCUCGCUCACCAGACCUUUCUCAAAAAAAGAAAGUUUGUGUGACAGAUGUCAACUGGCUUGAUGCAUGAUUUAUGUUUGGGUCUGGCUACUGUAUCAAUACAUGGUGAUGAUAGGACUGUUUGAGUUAUUCACGAAAAGCUUUGUGGACCGACCAACCAACAGAGUGACCUGUAGAGUUGUGGGAGCUGCUAAAAAGAAAAAGAAAAAAAGUAUUUUCUGUAUUUGAAAAUACAAAAUACAUGUAUUCUGAUACAUUUGCUGGCACCAGUGUUUUGUAUUUUAUUUUGAUACAUUUAUUUGAGGAGUGUUUUGUGUUUUGUAUCAAAAUACAUUUUGAUGUAUUUUUGCCCAUCUCUGACUGUGAUAAACUGAUGCUACAUGGAGACAUACAUAUUUCACACGAUGUCUCUGUUAGUGUUUCCACCUCUACCCGACAGUAACAGAUUUUUUUAAGAUUGUUAUUUGAGAGUAUAGUACUAUAGUACUUCAGCAUGAAGGGGGAGAGAGGGGAGUGACAUGCAGCGAGGGGCUGCAGGCUUGAAUCGAACUCACAGCCGCUGCGGCAAGGAUAUCGCCUUUGUGUAGGCUAUGGGAUGCCUGCCUGCCCUACCCUACUGGACGCCCCAGAAACAGAUUUUAAAUUGUCAUUUUGCAAACAAUCUGCCGGGCAGUUUGUUUGAGAUCUCUGCACUUCCGGAUGCUGUCGAGCGGAGACGCUUCGCUUAUCGGCAGGUGUUUUGCGCGAGAGGGCCAGCUCCAUGGUAACGGGACACCAACUAACUGCACUUGCUAAAGGUUGUAGACGGGCUACAAUGGCGGAGACGAGGAUAGAGAAACUCAGACACCCACCUAAAAGAGUUUUUAUCAACAACAUCGACUCAUACGCUUCUAAAUGUAUCGCCAAGUUUUUGUGUGAAUGUGUGGUUGGGGCAACUGUUGAUCCUGAUGGACAGGUGGACACUAUGGAGGACACAGUAGUGACCCACAGCAGAGCACGAGCUUUUCACAUUGUUGGAACUGUCUCUGACAGAUGUGAUGAGGACAGACCGUAUGUCCUGGAGGAGUAUUUCCAACUGAACAGAGAUGAACUACUUUCAAAACUGAUGGACUGUGAUGUAGUAAUCUACAACAUUACCCAGCAUGCUGAGCAGGUGGAGGAAGCCCUCUGGGCUGUCUCAGCUCUCCAUAAUGAAAUGAGCCAUUUCUCUGGACCGAAGAUGUUCAUCCUUGUCUCCACAGUGAUGACCUGGGCGUGCAGCAAGCCAGUCAAUCAUGAUGUCCCAUUCACUGAUGAGAUCUUCUGGAGAAGAAGAGCACAUCCCAAUUUUAAGCCACACAUUGACCUGGAGAGGAGGGUGGUCAAAAUGGGCAAAACUAACAGGACAUUGUUCUCAACAUACGUGGUGGCGUCAGGACUUCAGUACGGGAUGGGAGAACAGACCUUCCACUUCUUUUUCAAGACAUCAUGGCUGGGACAAGAACAGGAAAUACCUGUCUUUGGAGACGGCAACAACAUCGUGCCUACGAUUCACAUCAACGACCUGGCAUGUGUGAUUCAGAAUGUGAUAGAACGUCAGCCCAAGCCGUAUUACCUGUUAGCUGUGGAUAAUUCCAACAAUACCAUGGAGGACAUUGUGAAGACAGUUGCCUCUUCACUUGGACCAGGGAAGAUCCAGAAAAGGCCAUUCGAGGAAGCCUUCCUAACACAAGACUUGAGUGUAAUGGAAAUUGAUUCCUUGCUGGUCAACCUACACAUGGAGGCUGUCCAUCUCAAGGAACUGUACUCUAUCAGCUGGUUGUGCGAGUCUGGACUGGUGGAGAACAUAGACCUGGUGGUAGAGGAGUACAAGCAGACCAGAGGACUACUGCCCAUCCGUCUGUGUGUCCUGGGUCCUCCUGCAGUGGGAAAGAGCACAUUGUCCAGACAGAUCUGUAAAUACUAUAAACUCCAUCACAUCACAUUGAAGGAGAUCAUCUCAGGCACAAUCUCACAACUGGAAGAUAAAGUGAAGAAUGCUGAUCCAGGUGCAGAGAAUGAGGACUCUGCAGCAGAGACCAAGGAGCUGCUCAACAGCCUGAAGGACAGUAUGGAGCAGUACGGAGGUCUUUGGGAUGACCCGCUGUUGGUGAAGGUGGUAAAGGAGAAACUGAUGUCUAACCCAUGCAGAAACCAGGGUUUUGUUCUUGACGGCUUUCCCAAGACAUGUGAACAAGCUAAAGAGCUCUUCUACUCUGAAGAACAUGAAACAGAAGAUGGAACAUCCCAGAUUUCCUUAUGCAGCAAGAAGAUAAUGCCAGAGUUUGUUUUGUGCCUGGAUGCGUCAGAUGCCUUCCUGAAGGAUCGAGUGAUGAACCUGCCUGAGAGGCUGGUACAGGAGCUAAAUUACAGGCAGGAGCACUUCCUACGACGACUGGCCAGAUACAGAGAGAACAACGUGGAAGAUGAAACUGUUGUCAACUACUUUGAUGAGCUGGACAUCAGCCUUCUGUUCCUGGAGAUCACCAGUAGCCAUGAGCCUGACUGCCUGCUGCUGAUGCAGAAGAUCUUUGACACGGUGGGCCAGCCCAGAAACUACGGCCCCAGCAGCCAGGAGGUGGAGGAAGGGGAGAGGAGGAAGGCUGAAGAGAGGAUGAGGAGAGAGGCCCAGGAGAAAGCUGAGGAGGAGAGGUGGGAGGCAGAGGAGGCCAAACAAGGCGCUGCGCACUGGGAACAGUGGACCAAAGUUUUGGAGGAGGUGAGGCAGCAGGAGGAGGAGCUACUGGAGGCCCAGACAGUCUCUAUGAGGAACUACCUGAUGGAGUAUGUCAUGCCCACUCUGACCCAGGGCCUGAUCGAAUGCUGCAUGGCCCAACCACAGGACCCCGUGGACUUCCUGGCGGAGUUCUUGAUAAAGAGCAAUCCCUUUAACUACUAAAAGUGGAGGUCAAUUCUUCUUGUUGCACCUACACAUUAUGCAAAUACAACACAGGAAAACUGAAAUAAAACUGUUAUUUUUUUCUCCCCUAAUUGUCCUGAGCUCUUUAGUAUAUUAGGGACUGAAGUCAUUACAUGCAGCAUUUCUAUUAGAGGAAAACCUCCUGGAGUCUCUUAAACUUGUCACAGUAUUUCAGCCAUCACAUGCCAAGUGUCCCUCGGUUCAUGCUGGGAAUUUGAUUAGGUCUGAUUUGUAAGUGUCCCAUUCUCCUGCCCCUGUUGUAUUUACACAAAGCUUUGUUUGGGCUCUUGUGUGCCGGCCAUUACUUAAAAGCCCCCUAAAACAGCAGAUGAAAGUGUGCAUGAAGCCAAAAGCUAAUUAGGAAGUUAAUUUGCGUAAUGAACUUGGUAAACUCCAAAGUAGACACGCUCGGGUCAUAAUUGCUUUGAUUUGGCUUCUGAUAUUCAGGAAGGAUAAAUGUUACAAAUGGCAGCUAAUUUGUGUGUCUCUCAUGUUGCCACUCGUGAAUCCAAAGUGUACAUAAUUGGUUGCGACAGAACACCAAAUUAUUUCAUUGUACAUACUUAAUCACCACAUGGGGAAAUUAGUUCAGUUUAUUUGGGAAACAUUGUGACGCAAGCCACUGCAGGACAAUUUGACUGCACCAUCUGUACAAACACAACAUGGAGAGUUUCCUGAAAGUGAAACGCAGCUUUUAAUGGUAAAUAUGGAGGUAUACAAUACCCUAAUACUCUCAUGUGAUCUGAAACAUGGGCUAGAUAUUUUAUUUUCUACCUUAGUAAACAGAAGAUCUUGACAUUUGAUUAUUAGUGUCUCUUCCCCUGCAAAGAAGAUUUGCACAAGCACACGUGUCACAAAAUAAGCUGGUGCACAAAACAGCAACUCUGUAUUAACUUUCACUUUCAUAGUUUGGAUUAUUUGGACCAAACCAGGACAAAAAAAAAAACACAUUGCUUCCUUUUAACUCUGGUACAUUUCCUAUUCACAAUAAAUCUUAACAAACAAACCAAGGAAUCAAAUGGACUGACAGGUAUCUUAUUGAUCAGACAAUUGAAAUGACUCAUCCUGAAUCAUUUGCUCUACAUGGACCUGUUAACGAAAAUUAAUUUCCAGUGACUGACAGCAGGCCUUGCUACACUAUUCUGAAUUAUUCAGUGGUGGAGGAACAACAGAGAUGUUUUACUUA